AUGGCCGAUGAGUUACAGCCACUGGACGGCCCAAUCACCGCCGGCCAAACAACGACUACGCCGACGCCAACGCCGCCGCCUCCACCAACAGCAACAACAACUACGACAACAAACUCCACCACAACAGCAACAAUAACGGCACCCCCUUCCUCCGACAACACAGGACUUCCUUUGGCGCCGAAACGCCAACGCCGGCCGAGCGUCCGGUUGGGCGAGAUCGGCGACCAACCGGCCGCAACUGUAUCGUACGAGUCGCAGCUCCGGCGGGCCAGGCAUCAUCCAUGGAGAUACCCGAAAGAUAGAGACUUUUCAUCUAAGGCCGUGAAGGCUCGCUCCAUAACGAACCUAGUCAAUGGUGGCGGGGAUUCUCAUGAAAAUCAGGAAGCGGAGGAGAGGAAUCAGAAUGGGGAAGGUAGUAAUUUGGAGUUGGGAAACAGAAAUGUCAAAGCCAAGCGAGGCACGGUGACAAAGAGGGUCCGGUCGAAUUGGAUUUCGAAUUCGAAUUCGAAGCUCGACGAUGGCGGUGCGGAGGGCGAUAGCAGAGAAGACGUUGACGAAGGGUUUAGGGAUUUUGACCCGGACUCGGAUAGUCCGUUGAAGGACCCGAGCCCGGUGCACUCUGUGGACAACGCGGCGGUCGAUUUGUGGAACGGACAUAGGAGGUCGGGCAGUCGGGCAAGGGUUUUGGAGAGCCGUGAAAACGACGCCGUUGAGUUGGAUAAUAUUAUGCUGGAUUAUAAUUGCAGUGGAGUGAGGUCGUGGCUAAUAGAUUUGGGAUUGAGUCGGUACGCGCCGGUGUUCGAGAUUCACGAGGUGGACGACGACGUUUUGCCGAUGUUGACCUUGGAGGACCUCAAGGAUAUGGGAAUAAACGCCGUCGGUUCCAGGCGGAAAAUGUACACUGCCAUUCAAAAGCUUCGCAAGGGGUUUUCGUGA